AUGAUCAUCAAGGAAGUCUCUAUACCAGGAACAAAUCACGACGACCGCUUUAAGCCUCAGUACGAUCUAGGACACGUCCGUUUGGUCAAUAAAAGAUUCGCAGACGCAACAUCGCCUCUGUUGUUCUCAACGAUACCACUUUGGAUCGGACUAAAGAGUGUUCAGAAGUUAAUAGCUAUUUCCAAACAUCCUUUGCUCUCAAAAUACGUCCACACCAUUCAAUUCUCCACGUUACAAUUUACAGGGACACCAUCCGAACACUUAGGCUCCACUGAAAAUCUCUUCACGUAUUCAUAUUCAAACGACUACCUAUUCAAAGAUCUGCAGGCUUGUAGUACAAACCUUAAGUAUGCUGCAGAACAAGCUGCUCUACACACGGGAGAGUUCGCGAAGUCUGCUUUGACGAAGGCCUUGGAGCAAUUUGAUAGCCUACGAGUAUUCUCGAUUGUCCUGCAGAGCCCUUGGAUUGGAGCUAAAGAGGUGAAUCAAGCUUUCUCGGAAUUCCAUACAGCCGACAUCACGUUCAAUGAUGAGAAGCCUUUGAUUGUGGCCCUGAAAGCGCUUGAUGAAUCCGGGCGAAAACUCACGAGCUUACAAGUGAGAGAGACUGAUGUCGUAAACCAUGGAGGCGACCAGAUAUCAACAUGCCCGCAAAGCCAUUUUCUUCUGGUGCGUCCGUGGGGGGCACCUUACGCAUCCGUGCUCGCGGGAACACUUGAGCGCACUAUGCCUUCAUUGCGAAACUGGUCAUCCCUCAAACAUCUCGAACUAUUCCUACCAGGAUUACAGCAAGUAGAAGAGGACGAGUGGGAUACUACGAGCUAUGUAAAGAUGCGACACCACGUAAGAAUUCUGCUCGAAGGACUCGUCAAUCUUCAGAAGCUCGACCUGUCCUGCAAUGAGUCUUGCCAGGAUGACGAUGUCGGCCCUGACAGCGUGACUGCAUAUAUCUCGUCAACUUUAAUGCCGAAGCUUCUUAGCUUGAGACUAGAAACUAUGGAAUUCGAUAACGUCGACGAGAUGGUGGACUUCUUCAAAUUCCGCUACCAGCAAUUGAGAGACGUCAGUCUGGUCUCCGUUUGCAUCAAUGAGCAACGCAUCGUUCCAAUAAGUGACUUCCUUGAACGCAUGGAACGCGUCGUCUGGAAGGCCCUGAAAGAAUUUCUCAUCAUCUGGACUCAUAAAGGUUCAAGAGUCGACAUUGCGCCUUUCUUACGGUGCGAACCAGGCGAAAAAGCAACAUCACCCUUAUAUCAAACGCCUUUAGGGUGA